GUUUACUUUACAUGGAACGACUCGGCUGACUCAGUUUUUUUAUACGAGAGACUCACUCGCUGCAAAAUCCAUCCCCCAGAUGGAGAGCUCACAGUCACACCAUCAAUUUUUAAAACCAUUCCUUCCCGCCGACGAUCAUCGCUUUGAAUUCGAACUCUACACCAUCCCCGGCAGCUCCGCCUGGUUUUCUUGGGAUAACAUUCACGAAACCGAGAAAACUUCGCUCAAGGAGUUUUUCGACGGGGCUUCGUUUACUAGAAACCCUAGGGUGUACAAGGAGUAUCGAGAUUUCAUUAUUUCAAAGUAUCGGGAAGAUCCUUCUAGAAGGCUAACGUUCUCCGAAGUCCGAAAAUCGCUAGUCGGUGACGUCAAUUAUCUUCUCAAGGUGUUCCGGUUUCUCGAAAAGUGGGGGUUAAUUAAUUUCGGUGUACCAUCUCCGUCAUCAGCGAGCGGUGGUGAAGAUAAUGAUUUGGUUACGGAGGACGAGGAAGGGAGAUGGAAAGUUAAGGUGGAGGAAGGGCCUCCUCAUGGUGUUAGGGUUGUUGCAAUUCCAAAUUCAUUGAAACCUGUUUCAUUGCCGACUACUGUUAGCUAUAUCAAUGGCUCUCAUCUGGCUGAGAGCGAUUUCAAAAUGCCACCCCUUUCUUCUCAUUCCGAUGUUUACCAGGAAUUGAUCGAUUUGGUAUGUGGAAAUUGCAAGGAGCUGUGCGAAUCUGGUCAUUACGAGUAUACAAAGGACAAGACUUCCAUCAUUUGCAUUAAGUGCUUUGAAAACGGAGCUUAUGGGAAGAACAAAUCCCUUGAUGAUUACAAGUUAAUCGACUCCACUCCUGACAAUAAGAACAAUGCAACUCCUUGGACAGAAGCAGAAACAUUACUUCUUCUAGAAUCCGUAUUAAAGCAUGGAGACGACUGGGAUCUUGUAGCUCAAAAUGUUCAAACCAAGAGUAAACUCGAGUGUAUUUCAAAACUUAUACAAUUACCUUUCGGCCAACUUAUGUUGGGACCCACAUAUGAUAGAUUCAGACACCAGGACACCAAUUUCAAUCCAAACAACCAGAAAAAAGGACAAGUAUGCCCUCCAUUUCCACCACCUCAAGAAACUAAAGAUGUUGAACCCGAAAACAAAAUAGAACAAAAUGGUGAUGCUGAUAGUGAAGCCCCUCCUCCAAAGAGAAUAUGCAUUGAACCCAUUUCAGAUUCUUCACAGAUUGACAAUAAAGAUGAACAAGUGGGACCAUUGUUAGUUGCCCCUGAAGAACUUAAAGAAAAAGAAAGUCAAGUUUCUGAUUUCAAGAUUCAGAAGCAGCAAGAUGGAGAUUUAGAGGACAAUUGUGUUGUGAAAAACGAUUGUUCUAAAGUAGUCCCCAAUGUCAGUCAUUCACUUAUGCAACAGGUUGCUCGCAUAUCUGCUGUGGUGGGUCCACAUGUUGCAGCUUCUGCUGCUGAGGCUGCAGUUACAGCUCUUUGUGAAGAAAAUGAAAUUCCAAAAGAAAUAUUUGAUAAUGAAGAAAAUGACAAUGAGCCUGAAAGGAUUUCUCAAGGCAAUGACUCAGAGAUGGAAUCAGAAAAAGGUGUUAUACCUUUACCGUUACGGAUGAGAGCCACAAGUGCAACCGCGCUUGGUGCGGCAGCCGCGCACGCCAAAUUAUUAGCAAUCCAAGAAGAGAGAGAAGUUGAACGGUUGGUGUCAACCGUAAUUAAUACACAGUUGAAAAAGUUGCGGUAUAAGAUGGAGUUAUUGAAAGAGGUGGAAGUGAUAAUGGAAAAAGAGUUUAGUCAAAUGGCUGAGGUGGAGGAAUCGUUGGUGGUGGAGCGAAUGGAAGUGGUUGAGAAGGCGGUUGAUGGCGGUGUAAGUAGGUGGAGGGAUCGGACGGUGGUUAAGUCACAAGUAGAGAUUAUACUCUAGAUUAAUAUCUUUUAGUUUAGAUUUUUUUUUUUUUUUUUGGGAAGUAUUGAUGU